GAAAAAGGCGGAAGUUAGCUUCGCAUCGGCGAGCGGAGCACGGCUAUCGGGAUUUGGGCAGUGUGGAAAAUGUGUAAAGUCAGGAUGCUGCGAGAGCUGGUGAAGCAGCGACUAAACGUGGCCGUUGAGGAGAUCUUCCAACUGCUCGAGAGAACCAUCGCCGACUACGAAGAGGAACUUUGUCGAACCAAAGAGGAGAACGAGCGGCAACGCGAACUACUGGACGCUGUUCUCAAGCCACAAGUUGGACUACACACGUCUGACAUACGGCAAGUGUUGGUGGAGCGUAAAGAAGAGCAGCAGGAGGAGCCAACAGAGCUCUUUCGUGUUAAAGAAGAAGACGAGGAUGAGGAGGAGGAUGAGUGGACCAGCUUUGCCGUCAAGAGCGAAGACGAUGGCGUUCAACGCAGCGAGGAGAGCCAAGGAGGCACAAGCUUGGAAAUUGAAGCAAAAGCCGAUACACAACAAGCGAACACCCGCUUUGCUCCACUAUUAGACGCUGACGACGCCUUCUUCGCCUCUUCUGACACCAAGCACAGCGACGACGCCAGCGAACCUUCGGACCCUAAAAGUGACAACAGCCCAUUAACCUGCACUGAAUGCGGCAAAACGGUUGCCAAUCAUUUAAACACAUGCAUGAGAACUCACAGCGGCCGGAAACCGUUUGCGUGUUCAUUUUGCUGCAAAAGCUUCACCAGGAAGUCCGAUUUGAAGGUGCACAUGCAGAUCAAACACACAGGCGAGAAUCCUUUCAGCUGUGACAUUUGUGCUAAAAUGUUCCCCGUCAAGAAAUACUUGAUGAUUCACAUGAGGACGCACUCUCUGGAGAAACCUUUUGCUUGCUUGACUUACGCGCAAAGUUUUGCUAUCAAAGGCGAAUUGGAAGCGCGUGGCGCAUCACAAGCGGAUAUCGUUGUGUCGCACUCCUCCGAGACGGACUCGAACCCCAGGUCCUUUAAAGGCGACCCGGCGCAGCCCGCCGACAACCGAGGUGGCACAAGGUUGGAAAUUGAAGCUAAAGUCGAUGCACAACCGUCAAACGCCUGCUUCGUUUCACUAUCGGAAGCCGAGGAUGCCAUUUCCACCUCUUCCGAGCGCAGCGACUAUGCCAAAGAACUUUCGGACCUUAAAGGUGACAGCAAACCGUUAAUCUGCACGGAAUGCGGCAAAGCGUUUAUCCAGAGGGGAAAUUUAAACAGACAUAUGAGAACGCACAACGGCGAGAAACCGUUUGCGUGUUCGUUUUGCAGCAAAAGCUUCACCAGGAAGUCUGAUUUGAAGGUGCACGUGCAGGCCAAACACACGGGCGAGAAGCCUUUCAACUGUGACAUCUGCGCUAAAAAAUUCCCCGUCAAGAAAUACUUGAUGAUUCACAUGAGGACGCACUCUCUGGAUAAAUAUUUCGUUUGCUCGACUUGCGAUAAAAAUUUUGCCACCAAAGUUGAACUGGAAGCGCACGGCGAGCGUUGCGGCGCACCACAAGCGGAGGUUACAGCCGCUGCGUCGCACUCCUCCGAGACGGACCCAACCCCAAAGCCCCCCAAAGGCGACUCGACGCAGCCUGCUGACAACGCGCAGUUCAUCUGCGCCGAAUGCGGCAAAACAUUCAGCCUGAAGGGAACGUUGAAGCGACAUAUGCGCACACACACCGGGGAGAAACCCUUCAGUUGCACCGUGUGCGCCAAAAGCUUCUCCACUAAGUCGGACAUGAAGACGCACAUGGCGACGCACUCGGGCCAGAAGCCCUUUGGCUGCACCAUUUGCGGCGAGACCUUCUCGCUCAAACAGUACUUGAAGAUCCACAUGAAGCGCCACUUUGCCGACAAGCCUUUCAGCUGCACGGUGUGCGCCAAGCGCUUCUUCACCAAGGCGCACCUGAAGACGCACAUGAGGACACACACAGGGGAGAAACCUUUCAGCUGCGAGGUGUGCGGACGCUGCUUCUUCUGCAAGCGCGACGUCAGGACACACAUGAGGACGCACACCGGGGAGAAACCCUUCACCUGCCCCACCUGCAAUAAAGGCUUCUCCACCAAAGCCUACGUCACCAUGCACAUGAGGACGCACACUGGCGAGAGACUCUUCAGCUGUGACGUCUGUCAUAAAAGAUUCACCUUCAAGACACAAGUUAACAGCCACGUGUGUACCGGCCAGAAAAACAGCCGGAAAGACUCGGCGGCGCUUCAGAAAUAAUAUCAGAUAUUUUAUUUAAAAUAAUUUUAAAUGGUCCCUCACAUUCUCAAGAUGAACUCACCCACUCUACGCUGAAAAACUCAAGUAUUCACACCCAUUUUUGCCUUUUAUGUUCUUCCUGUAAUUGCCACUAGAUGCCGCCAAAGCCCUGGCUAUUAGGAAAGUGGAAAUUGGUGUCAAG